AUGAAAGAACUCCAAGACUUCACUGCUAGUUCUGAUAUGAUCGAUCUCCCUUUCCAUGGAACCUCAUUCACAUGGGCUAAUCGUCAGAGGCAAGGUCUUUGGAUAGAAGCAAGGUUGGAUCGCUUCUUUUGUUCUGCUGAAUGGAUAGAGAAAUUCCCUACGCUCUUCGUCGAUCAUAUUGAGGUUUCCUCAUCUGAUCACAAGGCUCUUCUUUUGAAUUUCCAACAGGAGUUUUGUUAUCUUAAGCGACCAUUUCGUUUUGAAGCAUGUUGGCUCCUUGAGCCUACUUUUGAAUCUGUAAUGCAAAUUGAGUGGUUCCCUUAUGUGCCUGGCUCCCCUUCCUUCUCACUGCACAGUAAAUUAUCUAAGCUUUCAAAAUGUCUUAAAUCCUGGAAUAAGUUGGUGGUAGAUAAUAUUCACAACAGAAUCAAUCAUCUAAGGGCUACGUUAGAAAAUCUUCAUAAUAUUCCCAUUCAAGAUAGAGAUGAACAUUGGAAGCAAUAA